AUGACUGAUGGUACCAAGUUCAUCUUGUUUCUCCUCUUGAGCAGCUCAUCAUUGUGUUUUGGCUCUGAUCUUGAUAUCCAGUGCCUGAGGUCUUUAAAACAAUCAGUGAUUGAUUCCAAUGGUGUACUCAAUUCCUCUUGGGAUUUUGACAACUUGGACCGACCUAGCUCCGUUGGGUCCAUAUGCCGAUUUAUUGGUGUGGACUGCUGGCAUCCCGAUGAGAACAGGGUUCUUUCUCUGCGACUCGGCAAUCUAGGACUUGAAGGCCCAUUUCCUGAAGGUCUUCAAGAUUGCACAAGCAUGAGCGGCCUGGACCUGUCGGAUAGCAAAUUUUCAGGACCGAUUCCCUAUGACAUCGCACAGCAGAUGCCAUAUCUGACAUAUCUGGAUCUCUCAAACAAUAGCUUUACAGGUGAAAUCCCUCAAAGUAUCACAAAUUUGGCAUACCUGAAUGUAUUGAAACUUCAACAUAACCAACUCAGCGGUCAAAUUCCAGAGCGGUUCAACAUGCUCAGUCGGUUAACCACGUUCAGUGUUGUAGAUAACUUCUUGUCGGGGCCUAUUCCUACUUUUGCACAUGUCUUCUCGCCUUUAUACUUUACUGGUAACCGGGGCCUUUGCGGUGCACCAUUGGACGAGUGCCCCCGGAGUCGAAAAUGGAGGCUGAUACCAAUCAGGCUGCGUAGGAUCAACGAAGAGUCCAGUAUCGGAGCGGCUGUCGGGUUCGUCCUAGGGUUCGUGGUGGCCUUCUACUUCCACUUGUUCUGCUCCAAGAGGCUCCUUCCUUGUGUCUUUCGCGCAUGA